AUGGAAUAUACGUUAAAUUUAGCUGCUGAAAGGUCAGUAGUUAGAGAAUCUCUUAAAGGUAUAAUAUGGACCAUAUUCUUUCACAGGUUAUUCGGUCCCAUUGUGCCGUCUACAAAUGAGUUUUUAAAUGUUACAUACCCGAUGGCUGAUGAUCAACCUGAUCUCGAUUCCCUUAUGGAUGAGAAGAUAAGUUAUCUUAUCAAGAACGAGUUUAACGUAUUGGAGACAGAAAAGACCAGCCACGUAAUAAUACAAUUUUUGGACAAGAGGGUGACAAAGUCGAAAAAGAAGUCAAGUUGGUUCGGUCAAGGUAAACUUGAAAAUGCUGAAGAUCUAAAGCUAUGGGAAUCUUGGAUUAUAGUCGUCAGAUGUUUGCCUCUUGAGGAUGAAAGUCGAUCAUCUCCUUCAUCCCUAUCAUCGAGCACAAAUGGACAUAUCCUCGCCACCCAUAAUUCUAAUGAAAAAACAAAUACUGAUAUUUCUAUCGAAAGCUUUGAAAGUAACUUACUUAAAAUUAUAGACAUAGUUGAUACUCAUAAGGAUCAUAUACCCCCAAUAACAUCAUUAGAGAGCUCCCCGUUUCCCUACACUAUUGAGGUGGAAAGAAGAGCACCAAACAGGACGUAUCUUACAAAUGAUGAUGAAAGCUGGGGCAAGUACAUAAAAAAAAUGUUGGAUUAG